CCGGCGUCGGUGAACUCUGAUAAUUGUCGGGGAGUCUUUCUGGGGUAAAUGUCGGCGUGUUUAUGCGGAGUCACGGUGCGGCCACUCUUUCCAGGAUUACAUAAGCUCCGUCCGUCAGUCCGAGCGCCGCUGCCGUCUGCGCCCCGCUGCUCUUCGCGUGCCAAAGCCCGACCGACCGGCCACACAGAUGGGUGAAAAGGAGGAGAGGAGCCCGGAAGGAGUCAAAUACUACAGGCUGUCAGAGAUCGAGGCGCAAAACUCCUUCAAGUCUACGUGGAUCAUCAUUCACCAUAAAGUUUACGAUGUCACCAAGUUUCUGGAUGAGCAUCCUGGAGGUGAGGAGGUCCUGAGGGAGCAGGCAGGCGGAGACGCCACCGAGAGCUUCGAGGAUGUCGGACAUUCCACCGACGCCAGAGAAAUGGCGAGCAGCAUGGUGAUCGGAGAGCUGCAUCCGGAUGAUCGGCACAAGAUCGCCAAACCUGUGGAAACUCUGGUGACCACCACCAAGGAUGAGAGCAGCUGGUGGUCAAACCUGGUGAUCCCUUCGCUGGCGGCCGCCAUUGUCACGCUGGUGUACCGCCUGUACGUUGCUGAGAGCUAGUCACAGCUGUGGCGUCAUCGGUGGGAGGCGGCUCCUCCCUGUGCAGGAUCAGAUGAGCAGCGUCAGACGGACGCCUAUUAAAAGUCUCGCUGUUUGUUUCUGAAUCUCCAGCUCCGACCCUCUAAGCCCCGCCCACGGAUUGCCUCACCUGUUUAACCCAGUAAUCACGCAGAGCGUCUGUGAUCAGAGCAGCUCUGGAGUUCUAAUUCUGUGCUCAUUUUUCUGUGAAAGCGUGUGGCGGGCUCUGCCCCUCCACAAACUGUGACCAAAUCCAAGAGUCACUAUUUUCACUAAUCCAGGCGCCUCGUUCUGAGGAUCUGCUGCUUGAGGAUCUGAGUUCAUGAAUCGGCCUAAAGGGGGCGCUAACUGAUAGAAAGAGAAGGAAAAAUGAAAUGAAAGCAGAAGAUGGCCACAUCUGCCUUUUAGAUGACAAACAUCCUCCUGAAUCAGAUGAUGCAGGUUUUCAGCUCCUCCUGGGCCUGCAGCCUGGACUCUAAAGUGCAUUCCAGGGACCAGCUGAUGUGGUCCGGUCCGUCCAGCCCAGAACCAGAACCUGAGCGGGCCUCCUGUGAGCGCAGCUGCUUUUUUAAGGAACAAUAAAACGUGAUUCAGUCGA